CCAAAACCCAUUCACAUCAUAGUGAGAAAGGCUUAGUCGAGUCUCUCCGUUCACCGGCAACCGAAAAAAGAAGCGGACAUACCAAAUUUCUGGUUUCUCUCCUCCGCAUCUCCGGCGUUUUCCCGGCGAGGAGGCGUCGAGGAAGAACUCGAAGCUAUUUUUACUGGAGGUAUUGAGGACGGAUUUGAAGUAAUUUUCACAGCAUCGAUUACGUGAAUUCUCUGGUUUUGCGAGCAGUUGACUGUUGCAUUUUGUUCAGUGGGCGAAAAUGGUUUCGUUUGAGAUGAAUGACAGAAAAAAGAUUGGGUUAGGCUUGACUGGAUUUGGUGUCUUUUUCACCUUCCUCGGAGUCGUUUUCCUGUUUGACAAAGGAUUACUUGCAAUGGGAAAUAUCCUCUUCCUGUCUGGGUUGGCACUGACCAUUGGACUGACAUCCACUUUGCAGUUUUUCAUGAAGCCCCAAAAUUAUAAGGGAACAAUCUCUUUUGGUGCUGGCUUCUUCUUUGUUCUGAUAGGCUGGCCGAUAAUAGGCAUGAUAUUGGAAUCUUAUGGGUUCCUUGUACUCUUCAGUGGCUUUUGGCCUACAUUGUCAGUUUUUGUCCAGAGGAUUCCUGUUAUUGGUUGGAUAUUCCAGCAGCCAUAUAUCAGAUCGUUGUUUGAGCGAUACCGUGGAAAACGUGUGCCCGUUUGAAGCAAAUCCCGGAAAAUAUUUGCUUAUGUAGUCUAAUACUGUUGGAGGAACGUGUAACACAACUUGAUUCCUCUUAAGCGGUGGCAGUGUACAGGUUCUAUAGAUGACACAAACUUUCUUUUGUGUAUGCAAAAUGCUAAGCUCUGUGUUUUGAUUUUGAAUUACCAGUCACUAUUCUCUCACUUGUAGUAGACGUAUUCUUUGUAGCAAAUCUCGUUUGUUGUACUGGAUCAUUUUCUGAUAUGGAGCACUGUAAUGGACUUUGA